UCGCGACAUUUCAAUCCUACGAGUCGGAAGCAAAUAUGGCGAAUCACUGGAAAUUGCAACUGAACGGCCUGCUGUGUCGUUCCUACGGCGCACAAAAGCUGCAGUGGGUACAACACCAACAUGGACCAGCAAGCUGGGAAGUGAUCGCACUGAUACAGCAAGUGGAGUAUGGAAGGGGAACAGGUUACACAGGCAAUGCAGCUAAAGAGGACGCUGCUCGCCAUGCUUACACUACUUUGAGUCGACAGCUUGGAUACUAAACUCAGAGCGUCGGCCUCUUUGCAAUACCUUCAUCCCGGAUACAUACAGAUAUACCCCAUCUGACACGAUGCUGCAUCUGGCUGCGUAGGCCAACCGAAAGCCCGUCCGGAAUCCUAGUU